UCUUUCUUUUCUGUAAAAAAUGAUGACGGUAGGCGGCUACAGGUGAGGGAGGGGGGAGAGGGACGUGUCCAAACAUGGGCGAAGUAUGUGAGCAGGUACUCGCACUUUGGAGAGUCCCUUUAGGCGACAGGUAACUUCUUUAAACCCAACCCGCUGCGAGUCACACGCAUUCAAUAACAAGCGGUCAGAGACACGGAUCUCUUCAACGACUACUGACGGAAGGAGACGAGUGAUCCUACCAUGGACAUGCAAACAGAAAAACAAAGGCCCAGUAACGGCCAGUUGAUUUCAGUGCCUCACAAGGACACAGUCCGUCUGCUGGAGGUUUAUGUCAAGCGCAGCCUCAGCCUGAAUGAUGGGACGCUGGGGAAUAAGAGUGGUGAGAGGAAAGAAAAGUGGGUGAUAAAAAAGCAAAGACGACAUUCCAGCGACCCUUCCCUUCACCUGGCAGAGGGUAUAAAUAACAGUCCAGCUGAUAUAGUUCCUGAGGUGGAACCUCCCACAAAUCAGCCUGAAACACGUCCUAAAGAAUCAGAGAAACCCACCAAAAAAACAAAGAAGAACAAGAAACCUUCAUUUUGGAAAAAUGUAUUUGGCUUUUUCUCUCGGAAGAGUAAUGAGGACAAAGAUGAGACGGACGGUCCCUCAGAGAUGCCCACGAACCCCACAGAAGAAGAGGUCUCUGAUGCUGCGACCACCUGCCUGCCAACAGCUCCAGUCCCUUCACAAAAGAAGAAGACCAUGAGAAAAAAGUCCUUGAGAAGAAAGCUCUCCAGAGGGCUAUCUCUGAGAAAACCAAAUAAACUUGGUAAAGAUCUCAACCCUGCUGACAUCACUGAAUUUGAAGCUGUUGUCAGUGUAGAACCGACGUACUCGUACUAUGAGAAAGUUUCAGAGGAACUGGAAAAAAUUGUUCAUGAGGUGAAAGUAAAAGAGGAAGUUCCACUGCUCUCAGAUGACGAAGUAAUCAACAGGAUCAUUGCUUUGACAAAGGAGCAGGGUGAUGCCAUAGAAGACAAGCUGAAAGACAACCCCACCCUGAACAACUUCUUCCAGCGAAUGUCGUACUCUUCCUUCCAGAAGCUGGCUGACGCUUAUCUAGAAAAAGAAGCAACACCGAUCCACAGUCCUCCCACCGUCCUUCCAACAGCACCUGAGCUGGUCAAGCUGGCCUUUACACUCGACUUUACAGCCAGGAUAGCAGGGCUCUCCAGACAGAAUAUAGGUCAUAUUACUGGCCUGGGGAACCGUUAUCUACAGGACCGAUUUGAAUACAAACAGGCAUGUACAGAUCAUCCAUGGUCCGACUGUGAUGACUGAGGAAUUUCCAUACAAGCAUAAAACCACUGUUGCAAGUGAAACCUUUGCUCUUCAACUGUUCUCAGCGCCACAGAUGUCGUUAAAGAUGUGUGGCAAGCAUCAGUUCCCUUUACAAACAUUUUUAAAAUGUUAACAUUUUCGCUUUUACACCGAAACCAUUUUAUGUUAGGAUGCUUGUGUAAUGUGUGAAAAACCAGUUAAAUGGUCUUGGUGGAUUUGAAUUUGUGUUUUUCUAAGGUGAAAUGUUGAAUGGUCCCCUUCACAUGGAGGAUCAACUUAAAAAGUAAGCACAGUCUUACAACAUGUUGCAAUAUUUCAGAAUCACACAAAGCUGGUUCUGCUAUUGACACUAAAAAUGGUGGCUAAAUGGCUAAACAUGGUGCUCUUUCAAUGAAUCGAAAAUUAAGUGAGAUACUUUUUGUCAUUUAUAGUAAUACGAAAGAGCAAUGAAAUAUUUUUUGAUGUAUAUAAGCUAGACAAGUCUGUGCAAUAUGUUUCUUACAUUUCAAGGAUUUAAAACGAGUCUUAAAUGUGAAAUGAUUGUUAAAGUUUAUUGAUAUGAGUGCUGGCAUUCAUAGAUACAAAGAUACAUAACAUAUAACUUUCUAUUUCUUUAACAUGAAAAUAAAAUAUAUAUCACUGUC